GUCCCAGCCGCGAGGUCCCCAGGGAGGAGGAGCGGAGCUGACAGUAGACCUACGCACAAGCCAAGAAGGCGUCUGGGCCUCUCAAGCCUUCCGCCUCGUGCCCUCGCGGGCCGCUCUGCCCACUAAGCUUCCUUGGGCACGAGCCUCACGCCCCGCACUCCGGCUGGACCCACAAGGAAAAUGGCCGCAGCGGCUACACGCCCUCCCUACGGUUUAGCGCCCUGGCGUGUCAUUGGCCAGAGCCCCGAGUGAAGUCGCCGCGGAUUGGUCGAGAGCCAUGCGUGGGUGGGGGUGGAGCUGCAGCAACCUGGAGCCAAGAGUGGGCAACGCGGCGGCGUGAGCAGCGGCCCCAGGCUCGCGGAGCAUCGCGCCCAGAGAAGACUUCGCAGCUCGGGGGCCGCAGCCUGUGUGAUCUCAUCGUCGCCCUGUCGUGACUUCAUCAAUGUCGUGUUGUGACCUGGCCGCGGUGGGACAGUUGGGCAAGGCGGGCAUCAUGGCCUCGGAUUGUGAGCCAGCUCUGAACCAGGCAGAGAGCCGAAACCCCACCCUGGAGCGCUACCUGGGAGCCCUCCGUGAGGCCAAGAAUGACAGCGAGCAGUUUGCAGCCCUGCUGCUAGUGACCAAGGCAGUCAAAGCAGGUGACAUCGAUGCCAAAACUCGGAGGCGGAUCUUUGAUGCUGUUGGCUUCACUUUUCCCAAUCGUCUCCUGACCACCAAGGAGGCACCUGAUGGCUGCCCUGACCAUGUUCUCCGGGCCCUGGGUGUGGCCUUGCUGGCUUGUUUCUGCAGCGACCCUGAACUGGCCACCCAUCCCCAGGUCCUGAACAAGAUCCCCAUCCUUAGCACCUUCCUUACAGCCCGGGGAGACCCUGACGAUGCUGCCCGCCGCUCCAUGAUCGAUGACACCUACCAGUGCCUGACGGCGGUAGCAGGCACACCUCGUGGGCCCCGGCACCUCAUUGCCGGUGGCACAGUGUCUGCUUUGUGCCAGGCAUACCUGGGUCAUGGCUAUGGCUUUGACCAGGCCCUGGCGCUCCUGGUGGGGCUGCUGGCUGCUGCAGAGACGCAGUGCUGGAAGGAGGCGGAGCCCGACCUCCUUGCUGUCUUGCGGGGCCUCAGCGAGGAUUUCCAGAAAGCCGAGGAUGCCAGCAAGUUUGAGCUCUGCCAGCUGCUGCCCCUUUUUCUCCCCCCAGCCACUGUGCCCCCUGAAUGCUACCGGGAUCUACAGGCUGGGCUGGCACGCAUACUAGGAAGCAAGUUGAGCUCCUGGCAGCGCAACCCUGCCCUGAAGCUGGCAGCCCGUCUGGCUCACGCCUGCGGCUCCGACUGGAUACCAGUGGGCAGCUCCGGGAGCAAGUUCCUGGCCCUGCUGGUGAAUCUGGCAUGUGUGGAGGUGCGGCUGGCCCUGGAGGAGACUGGCACCGAGGUGAAGGAGGAUGUGGUGACCGCCUGUUAUGCCCUCAUGGAGUUGGGGAUCCAGGAGUGUACCCGCUGUGAGCAGUCACUACUUAAGGAGCCUCAGAAAGUACAGCUCGUGAGCAUCAUGAAAGAGGCCAUUGGCGCAGUCAUCCACUACUUGCUGCAGGUGGGGCCAGAGAAGCAGAAGGAGCCCUUUGUGUUUGCCUCGGUGCGGAUCCUGGGUGCCUGGCUGGCUGAAGAGACUUCAUCCCUGCGUAAGGAGGUGUGCCAACUGCUGCCCUUCCUCGUUCGCUAUGCCAAGACCCUCUACGAGGAGGCUGAGGAGGCCAAUGACCUUUCACAGCAGGUGGCCACUUUGGCCAUCUCUCCCACCACUCCAGGGUCCACCUGGCCCGGGGAUGCUCUCCGGCUGCUCCUGCCUGGCUGGUGCCACCUGACAGUUGAGGAUGGACCUCGGGAGAUCCUGAUCAAGGAAGGAGCGCCCUCACUUCUGUGCAAGUACUUCCUGCAGCAGUGGGAGCUCACAUCCCCUGGGCACGACACCUCGGUGCUGCCCGACAGCGUGGAGAUCGGCUUGCAGACCUGCUGCCACAUCUUCCUCAACCUGGUGGUCACUGCACCAGGGCUGAUCAAGCGGGACGCCUGCUUCACAUCUCUUAUGAACACACUGAUGGCAUCACUGCCCUCGCUAGUGCAGCAGCAAGGAAGGCUACUUCUGGCUGCCAAUGUGGCCACCCUGGGCCUCCUCAUGGCCAGACUCCUUAGCACCUCUCCAGCUCUUCAGGGAACCCCAGCUUCACGAGGUUUCUUUGCUGCUGCCAUCCUCUUCUUGUCACAGUCCCAUGUGGCGCGGCCCACCUCUGGCUCCGACCAGGCAGUGCUGGCCCUGUCCCCUGACUAUGAGGGCAUCUGGGCUGACCUGCAGGAGCUCUGGUUCCUGGGCAUGCAGGCCUUCACGGGCUGUGUGCCACUGCUGCCCUGGCUGGCCCCUGCCGCCCUGCGCUCCCGCUGGCCACAGGAGCUGCUACAGCUGCUUGGCAGUGUCAGCCCCAACUCCGUCAAGCCUGAAAUGGUGGCCGCCUACCAGGGUGUCUUGGUGGAGUUGGCCCGUGCCAACCGGCUGUGCCGGGAGGCCAUGAGGCUGCAGGCUGGUGAGGAAACGGCCAGCCAUUACCGCAUGGCUGCCUUAGAGCAGUGCCUGUCAGAGCCCUGAGGGGCAUCCACUGGGGACAGACCUGGGGGCAGGCAGCGAGGGAAGAAGGGAGGAGGCAUCUUCCCUGAAGCCCCCAAACUGGACCCCUUCCUCAGACUUCCCCCACAAACACCCCAGCUUUCUGGCUUUCCUGAGGGCAAAGGGCAUGGUGCCCACCUCUCAAGUGUAAGGAGCAGCGUCCCACCUCCCAGCCCCCACAGGGGUAGGGGUAGGCUUGGAAAUCACCAUGGUUGGCCCCGCCAGGCCGGGGAAUGUUGGAGUAGCCCCCAGGGAGGGGGGCAGCAGGUGUCAUUAUACCCAGUGUCUGGCUCCCCGACAGGAGGGAGGCCCCAGGGUAGGACAGGGCUGGCAGGCACUGACUGCCUCAGCCCGUGGGCCCUGCCGGCCAGGGCGUGGCCUUCCCUAGACUGUGGUGCCCCUUCUGGCUCCCCCAGGUCCACGCCCUUUAAAUUGGCCAUUCAGCUCUUGCCCUUGUGCAGAGAGCAGGCUCAGGCCAUUGACAUCGCAGUUCUUCCUUUCAACCUCAGUGACCCAGGGUCUGAGCUGCCCCCGUCCUUCAAGGGCAUCCUGGAGCAGACAGGCCAUAGGGGGGGGUGGGGAACCUCCUUCCACCUGAGCUUCCUCGAGGAGACCCAAGAGCCCUUAGGUUUGGGUCUCUUAAGCUUUUGUGUCAUGUUGCAGCAGAGUGACAGUGGGAGUUGGGGUGGGUAUUUAUUUUGCUUAUUAUCCUUGCUUGGUCACCUGAGCAUCUGAUCCCUUUCCCCUAGUGCCACCUGGCCUGGCUGGAGCCAGGAGCAGGAGGUCACACCGCCCCAGAAUCCGCAUGUUUCCCCAGUGACUGCACCCUACCGCCACCACGGUGCCUGGCUUCACCUCCCCCUCCCUCCCCUCUAUGACUCCUCUCUGCAGCGAGAUGCGACUGGCAGCUCCAGCAGGGACCUUUCUUCAGAACCCACACACCCGAUCCCUCGCUACCCCCACCCAGCCUCCCCCAGUGUGUUCUGUGACCGCCAAGUUCAAAGCUGUGCACAUGUGGACACUCAAUAAAUGUUCAUUGGUGA